AUGGAUCUUCCACCAGGAUUUGAGAAGAAGUUUGGAGAAGACAAGGUGUGCAGAUUGAAGAAAUCCUUGUAUGGGCUCAAGCAAUCUCCUCGCGCCUGUUUGAGAGAAACUGGUAAACUCGCUAUACUCAUUGUCUAUAUCGAUGAUAUUAUUCUUGCAAGAAAUGAUGCUAGGGAAAUUGAGACAUUGAAAGAAAAAUUGGCCACAGAAUUCGAAAUUAAAAAUCUGGGAAAUGUAAAGUACUUUCUCAGUAUUGAGUUUGUCAGAUCUAAGGAUGAGAUCUUCAUUAAUCAGCAAAAGUAUGUACUCAACUUACUCAAUGAAACUGGAAUACUUAAGUGCAAAUCAGCUGAAACUACGAUUGAACCAACUAAAAGGUUACAAGUGACAAAUAAAAUAGACGACAUUAACAAAGAACAAUAUCAGAGACGAGUGGGAAGACCAAUCUACUUGUCACACACUCAUCCUGAUAUAUCAUUUGUUGUUGGCAUGGUGGGAGUUCUAUAUGGAAAGGUAUCUGGAAUUGAAUCAGUAAGAAAGAUCCUUGUAGAUCUACCUCUCUUUCCUUGUAACUCAGAAGUUACACGCUUUGCAAGUGGUUUCACGGCAUGCGGGAACUGUUCCUAA